AUGAGCGUGUCCGCCCAGCGCCUGCUGGAAGAGUUGCAGAUCUUCGACGUAGAUUGCGAGGAGGCUCUGACCGAGAAAUUGGUGGAGCUCUGCAUUCUGUAUGGACAGAACGAGGAGGGAAUGGUAGCUGAGCUUAUAGCCUUCUGCACCAGAACAGGGAAAGUUUGCCUCACCUCAGAGACCCUGAACUCUUUUGAGCAUGAGUGUCUGAGCAAAAAAUUGUCCAGAGUGCCCAGGGAUGGUGGGCACGCGGGAGCUAGAGACAUUGUCUCCAUCCAAGAGCUAAUCGAAGUGGAGGAAGAAGAAGAGAGCCUCUUGAACUCUUACACCACACCCUCUAAGGGUUCUCAGAAGCGAGCUAUCACCACCCCAGAAACCCCCCUAACAAAAAGGACUGUGUCUACUUGGAGCCCCCAUCAACUCCUCUCGCCAUCAAGUUUCUCUCCAAGUGCUACUCCCUCUCAGAAAUACAACUCGAGAAAUAACCGAGGAGAAGUGGUUACCUCCUUCGGCUCAACACAAGGAGUGUCUUGGUCUGGAAGAGGAGGAGCCGGUAACAUCAGCCUGAAGGUCUUGGGGGGUCCAGAGUCACUCACCGGGAGCUACAAAUCGAUGUUUCAGAAGCUUCCAGAUAUUCGAGACGUUCUGACCUGUAAGAUAGAGGAACUUGGCAGUGAACUCAAGGAACAUUACAAGAUUGAGGCUUUUACUCCUGUUCUGGUCCCAGCUCAAGAGCCUGUUACUCUGCUGGGCCAGAUUGGCUGUGACACCAACGGGAAGCUGAACAGCAAGUCAGUGAUUCUUGAAGGAGACCGGGAACAUUCCUCGGGGGCUCAGAUUCCAGUGAAUUUAUCUGAGCUCAAAGAAUAUUCUCUGUUUCCUGGACAGGUUGUAGUUAUGGAAGGAAUCAACACAACUGGUAGAAGAUUUAUUGCCACCAAAGUCUACGAGGGCGUGCCACUUCCAUUUUAUCAGCCCACCAAAGAGGAUGGAGAUUUUGAGCAACACGUGGUCCUGGUGGCCUGUGGGCCAUACACCACAUCCGACAGCAUCACCUACGACCCUCUGCUCGAUCUGAUUGCCACCAUCAACCGCGAUCAGCCUGAUGUCUGCAUCCUGUUUGGACCUUUCCUGGACGCUAAGCACGAACAGGUGGAGAACUGCCUGCUCACAAGUCCAUUUGAAGAUAUUUUCAAGCAGUGUCUGCGGACAAUUAUUGAAGGGACACGCAGCUCUGGCUCCCACCUCGUCUUUGUCCCAUCCGUGAGGGACGUGCACCGCGAGCCCGUGUACCCACAGCCACCUUUCAGCUACUCCGAUCUGCCUCGAGAUGACAGAAAGCGAGUGCAGUUCGUGUCUGAGCCCUGCAGCCUCUCCGUAAAUGGAGUGAUCUUUGGCCUGACGUCCACAGAUCUGCUGUUCCACAUGGGAGCCGAGGAGAUCAGUAGUGCUUCCGGAACUUCAGACAGACUCAGCCGAAUCCUCAAGCACAUCCUGACCCAGAGGAGCUACUACCCGCUCUACCCUCCCCAGGAAGACAUGGCCAUUGACUAUGAGAAUUUCUACACCUAUGCGCAGCUGCCUGUCACCCCGGAUGUCUUCAUUAUCCCAUCAGAGCUGAAAUACUUUGUGAAGGAUGUCCUCGGCUGUGUCUGUGUGAAUCCCGGGCGCCUCACCAAAGGGCAGGUGGGGGGCACCUUUGGCCGACUCUUCCUCAGGAGGCAGCAGGCCGCGGGCGGGGAGGGGAGGCGGAGUCCGUGCGCUGCCGUCCAGGUGGUCCGGAUCUGA